AUGGUGCAAGAGGAUAGCUCAAUACCGAGUACAAGUGGUGUGCAACAUGAAGAACCUACACAACUGCGGAAAAGAAACAACAAGGUCGAAUCUAAUGAUGAUAAUAAAGAAGUCGAUAUAGAUUGGGAUUUGCAUGUACCUUUGACCGAGAUUCAUUUGAAAUCGCAUGAAUGGUUCGGUGAUUUUAUUACUAAACAUGAAGUUCCGCGUAAAGUACUACAUUCUUCAAUAGGGUUUCUCACACUGUAUCUUUACACGCAAAAUAUUGAUUACAAGAAGGUUAAAUGGCCAUUGAUCGUUGGUUUCAUCAUUUUGCUUAUUUUAGAUCUUAUCAGGUUGAGAUGGAAUUUCUUCAAUAAACUUUAUUGCCGUACCGUUGGGGCUCUGAUGAGAAGGAAAGAGAUCCACACUUACAAUGGUGUUCUAUGGUAUUUGUUAGGGUUAAUUUUCCCCUUCUCUCUCUUCACCAAGGACGUGGCUUUAAUCUCCUUGUUCCUAUUGAGUUGGUCUGACACUGCUGCUUCCACGAUCGGCAGAAAGUACGGUUAUCUAACACCCAAGAUCGCACGUAACAAGUCCCUAGCAGGCUCACUAGCGGCAUUCUGCGUUGGUGUCGUCACAUGCUUCAUGUUUUACGGUUACUUUGUACCCAAAUAUGCCCAGUUUAACAAACCGGGCGAGAUCGCUUGGUCCCCAGAAACCAGCAGAUUAAGCCUCGGUACUUUGUCCUGGUUGGGUGGUCUAGUAGCAGCUUUAAGCGAAGGCAUUGAUCUAUUCAAUUGGGAUGAUAAUUUUACCAUACCAGUCCUGUCAUCAAUCUUCCUUAACUGUGUCAUUCGCGUUUUCAAGAAAUAG